AUGCCUAAACUCUUGGAGCAUAUUAGGGACGCAUUCUGCUGUUGUCGGGUUCUCUCCUUCAACUCAACCCAGCGCGACGACCGCGCCCCCGCGGUCGUGGACUAUGCCGCUGCAUCGCCUGCUGCUCUCCCCCUUGUUCUCGAUCUGGUCGUCCUCAACCGUCUCAAUGCCUCUGGUCAUGCGCCAAUUGCACUCCUUCUCGCUGUCCCGGGUCGCCACCUCAACACUGCGAAUACCUCCGACCGCCCGCGCAAAUCUGUGAAGCGUGAUCCCCCACCGCCGCUCCCGCGCAAAACACUCCUGAACCAGAAGCUCGCGGACCUGGUCGACGCUGCGCGAGACGCCUCGCCAGAGUCUCUGCUGCUCGAGAUGUAUGGUACAACCUCCGGACCCUUCAAGGAGUCUACCGCGUACACGGACGGCUCCUGCCACAACAAUGGCACGCGCGAUGCCCGCGCAAGUGCCGGUGUAUACUACGGUGCGGGCAGCGUGCACAACAUCUCCGAGCGCGUCCCCGGUGCCCAAACGAACAACCGCGCCGAAGCCUACGCUAUCCUAUUGGCUCUAUCGCGCUGCAAGCUCAACCGCGCGCUCAUCAUACGGCAGGCAGUAAAACCCCAUGCACACACAUAUCCUUGA